AUGGGUCUUAUCGAGAAGCUGCAGGCCAAGCUCGAGCUGUACCGCCUCGAGCAGCGCUACACGCGUCGUGAAAAGCGCACCACCUUCAUCAGCGACGCCCGUUAUGUUGAUGGCGAAUACGUGUACGGCAGCGGCCCGUCGUCGCCUUACUCCAGCACAUCAGGCUCGACUUCCAGCCGCCGCUGGAGCAAGAUGCCCACGGCCGCUGUCCGCGAGUUCACUGGAAGGUCGACGCGGUCGUAG